UGUAACACGUCAGUGCGCCGUCGUACCCUAAGCAUCAGACUUCAGCACGGAGGCAUAAUACACGGCCACUCAACGCAUGUGCUGACGAAUUCUUGAAGAGCAAAGGAGCAAAAUAUCACGAAAAUAUCUUGAGUUUUCCUCAAAAACUAAAAGGAUUUGGCGUAGAGGAGUGAUGUUGAUCGACUGAAAUUGUGUGAGCAGUCGAUCAUCGGUGGAUGAAAGCAUGGGGCAUGGCGAAAGGAUAGUUAGGUGGGCGGCAACCGCUGGGAUCGUCGUGUGUUGCAUUUUCGUAGGUCUUGCUACCGCCGCAGAGUUUAGAUGCUACGACUGUGCGUCAUUACUCAGCCCUGAGUCGAGCUGCGAAACGGGACCAGACUACAACUCCACCACAAAAUGCAAGACAUUUUGUUACACGGACGUCACCACCCAUGCGGGGGUGCGGUCCUACAUGAAGCGCGGGUGCACCACAGAGCUGGAGUGCACAGAGGAGUCGACCUGCCUGGAGCUGUCACGCUCGGGGCCCUGCCGCUCCUGCUGUCAAUCACACCUAUGCAACGACGACGAACCGGACUUUGGCACCAACGGGGCGGGGCCAGUGGGCGGAGUUUGGACAUGCAAGGGGUGUGGCCUGGGACUAAUAGGAAUGAUUGGCAUCAUAGUGAUCUUUGGUCAUAAGAUUUAUUAAAAUCUAUAAAAAAAGAAGAAAAUCUGUACCGAGAAGAGCUUCGCGGAUUCUUUUGCGUAGACCAAAACUUUUAAUUCUUAUUUUAUACAUAAUUUGUGUGAUUGGUUUUGGUAGAAACUACAUCUUUGAUACCAUCCUAUUUGGAAUUGAAGAUGAAAAAAACCUAUUUUAGGGGGAGAAUAUUUGUGUGGAACUUGCUUCAAGUGGUUAGAUACAUAUAUAAUGCUUGGUGUGUGAAUAAUAUGAAACAGUGCACAUGCACAAAAGUUGUCAAUGUCUUUCCACAAAAUAGAUAUUGCAAUGAAGAUUAAACCGCGCCAAAUAUGUUAUAUUGGAUACAGGCUCCUUGAUAUGACUUUGAAUCGACUGCAAAUGAUUACCAUACAAAGGACCUCUCUGAUUCCCCCCCCAUAAAAAAGAACAUCCCCCGGGCACGCCCCCUCGAUUAGCGUGUCGCACUUUGCCAAAUU